AUGUCCAGUCAACCUACCUUCCGAUUCAACAAAGCCCAUUGGAAAGAUUUCACUCCCGAAGAUUUACAAGUCAUUGAAAAGGAGAGAUCACAACGUGGGACCAUUUCUGAAUUUUCAAACAAACAUCAAUACGGGAAAAUUUGUCCUGCCUGUACAAAACCAAAUUCUGUCAAUGUAGAUUUUUGUACUGGUUGUUCAUUUCCAUUAACACCUCACGAUGUUUCACAAUUGCCUGACAAUGUAUUUUUGGAUAUUAUUACUGGAAAGAAUAAGGAUACUCCAAUUCUAUUUAGAAAUGAUUCAUUGUGUUUGUUUAAUGAUAAAUUUGGAGUAUCUGUUCAUAAUGAUCACAUUGAUAUUAUUCCAAUUGAUGUGUAUGAUGAUGUUACUUGUUUAACACAAGAACAUAUUCCAAUGUUGGAAGCAUUAUUUCAAGCAGGUGUUGAGGAAUUUAAAAAGAGAGACUUGUCAAGAUUUGGAGAGAAUUUUAAUAUUGAGCAACAUGUCAUUGCUGGUUACAAUUAUCCAGUGAGUGUGAAACAUUUGCAUUUGCAUAUGGUAUUACCACCAUUCAAACACCACAAAGUUUUUCAAUACCCUCGUUGGCAUUCUCAUGCAAAGAUUAUUAAUGAUCUCAAAACCUAUGGAAAGGUCCAAACCUAUGACCAACAUCCAAACGAUGAAGAAGGUGCGCGUGAGUAUGCCAGAGCCAUCAAUCUUCACAAUGACGUGAGCGAAACCAAGUUUGAUCCCAAUUGGAAAAACAUUUAA